CCCAAACUCCCACACUCUCUCCCCCCUCUCUCUUUGGAGCCAUAUCUCUUAAUUCUUUUAAGGAAACAAAAUCUCGUUUCUCCUCCACCGUCCAGAUCCCUUAUCCAACGGCUCCCAUGAGUCGGCGAUUGGGUUUCCCCUGUGGUUUUUAUCAUAAACCCUAGCCGGUACUCUUGCACAAACCCACAGUCCACCCCCAACCGCCUCCGAUCUUCAACCCCCCCUCUCCUUCUUUUUCCUUCAACAAACCGAUCGCCGAUCUAAACCGUCUCUCUCUUUUUUCCCAGAUCUCGGGUCUGUUGUUCUUCUUUUCGAUUUUUGCGUUGGUUUUACUGUUCAUACCCGCCUCGAUUAUCCUUCGAGUCUUCCCAAGUUUUAUUUUUUCUUCUUCUUUUUAUUUUUUGGGAUGAGUCGAACUCGCUCCGAGUCCCGAGUCACGGGGAGUGCUUAGGAUCGGAGUUCCUCUUUUUUUUUGUUGGUCUCUUUUCCGAUUCGGAGGAUGGGGCGUUCUCGGAAUUAUGAGGCAAACGUCGCCGCUUCGUGCAAUUGAGCGUUUCGAGGCCGAGUUUGGUGCUGAGUCGACUCGGGGGGCGGCGAGCGAGUCGAGGAGGAGGGCGAGGCCGAGAGUGGUGGUGCUGAGUUUGAGGAGGAAUAUGCCAUCGGUGGAGAUGAGGAGGACGACGAGGGUUUUCGGGAUGGGGAAAGGGGUGGACGGCGGGGCCCGCGUCCUGCGUUCGGGGCGCCGCCUCUGGCCGGAGAACUCUUCCGCGGUGAAGAUGGAGAGGACCGAAGACGACGAGGACUGGCUCAAGCUCAUUAAGAACAACGGGGGAGGGCGCGAUUCCGAUUCCGAUUCGAUUGCGAUGAAGCAGCAGAAGGGGAGCUGGACCAGAGCGGCCAGGCUGGCGAGGCCGAAGCCGAAGGCGAACGUGGUUGUUUCGAUGAGUCAGGUCCUCGAGGAGCCGGUCCAGGCUGACGACGGGCUUAGGGAGUAUAAAAGGUUCGGGCUUGUGUAUGCCAGGAAGAGGAAACGGGCCGGUGGCUGGGUCGGCUCUGGCGAUAAAAUGUAUGGGCAGAGGUUCGCUAGGAAGAAGAGAAAGAGUGGGAGCUUGGUAUGUCGUUCCCCUGAAGUGCUUCGGAUUACGAUCGAGUCCACUUCACGGUGUGGGGGACACUUGACGACUAGUCGGCUUUUGUAUUCCAUACUGUUGCACAGGUCGCGGUCGACACUGCAAAUUUCGGAGCUUUAUCGAUUCCUAGUCUCGGAGCCCAUCUGCAUUGUGUUUGCCAUGCUUGGCGUUAGUUUUUCCUGGGUUCGCUCUUCUAUGAAUGGCUUGGGCGUUUGCAAGUUGUUUGAGAGCGCGGAUUUCUGGCCGAUUUUUUCUGUGGACUUUUCAGCAGUUCCUCUUUGUUUCACGCACAUGCACUCCAAAAUGCAUUUUAGAUACUUUUUUCGGCCGAUUCUCCCUGUAAAUGAUCUGAAUGAUGGCCAUGUAUCUGAUGAUGAUGAUGAUGAUGAGAAUGUUGAUCAGUGUGGCAAUGAGGGUGACAAGUGCGUAGUAUUGCAUGAGGUUGACCAUACUGACAACAGACCAUUGCAUCAACCUGUAAAAGUUCCCAAAUUAGGUCUUAGAAGCAUAAUGUAUAGGAAUGGUUUAAGUUCGCGAGCUGGUAUUCAGAAGAGGAGGAGCUCACUGAGGAGGAGAUCUAGAAUAACUUCUCUUGUUGCUACGCGGAAACAAAAUGGAGCCUUGGUUACAGAACUGAUGAACCUGAAGAAGAAUGGCCUUUCUUUUUCUUCUGUAGCCUUGACUCAGAAGCUUAGGAGGUCAGGUUCAACUUGCUCUCCUACAAACUCCAAAGCUGUGGUUCAAGAUUUUGAUUCGGCAUGCUGCUCUGCAAACUUAUUGGUCACUGAAUCAGACAGAUGUUAUAGGGAAGACGGGUUAAUCGUUACGCUAGAAACCUCUUCUUCUGGAGAGUCUCUUCUUGUGGUCAAGAAAGAUGGUUUAACGCGACUCACCUACAAAGUUGAAGAGAGAAUAAUAAGGCCAGGCUCUAAUCGCUUUACACAUGAUAUUAUCUGGUCUCCGGAUAGUGAUGUUUUGAGGCUAGAGUUUCCGGAUCGAAGUCAGUGGAUCAUUUUCAAGGAGCUUUACAAGGAAUGUGCUGAUCGCAAUGCCACCAUUGAGUUCAUUCCUGAGCCUGCUCCUGACUGUAAUGCCACUGCGAAGUCCAUUCCUGUGCCAGGGGUACGUGAAGUCCCAGGAUAUGCAGAUAGCCACAGUUCACUGUUUCUCAUACCGGAGUCAUACAUAUCUGUGAAGGAGGAUGAGGUGUCUAGAGUCUUUGCAAAGAAGACAGCGAGUUAUGACAUGGACUCUGAAGAUGAGGAAUGGCUUAAGAAGUUAAACGUUGACUGUGAUUUUCAUGAUCAUGUUUCUGAGGAUAAGUUUGAAUCAAUGGUUGAUGCCUUUGAGAAGGCAUUUUACAGUAAACCGUGUGAUUUCUCUGAUGGAGCUGCUGCUGCCAGUCAUUUUCUGGACAUGGGGAAGGAGGUUGUUGUAGAAACUGUAUAUAGUUAUUGGAUGAAUAAAAGGAAGCAGAAAAGAUCGUCACUGCUUAGGGUCUUCCAGGGGCAUCAAGUGAAAAGGCCUCUGCUCGACUCAAAGCCUGUCAUGCGCAAGAGAAGAUCAUUCAAACGACAAUCUAGUCAUGGAAGAGGAAAACAAUCAAGUCUCUUGCAAGCCAUGGCUGCGGAACAAGAUGCUUUGCAAGAACAAAAUGCGUUGCUUAAAGCGGAAGAGGCGAAAGCGGCAGCAGAGAGAUCUGUGGAUUUAGCCAUCUGCAAACGACAGAGAGCUCAGGUACUUAUGCAGAAUGCUGAUUUGGCAACUUACAAAGCUGCAAUGGCAUUUAGAAUUGCUGAAGCUGCCCAAGUUCUUGGAUCACCUGAUGCCGCUGCUGUUUAUGUACUUGAUUGACCAAUUUAGGUGCAAUUUAGGUGUUCCUGAUGAUAGUUGGAAAUGGAAAUAACCAAUUUUUUAUUACAGGAAGGAGCGCAGCCUUAAUGCCCUAUGGCUGUUUUUGAAGCCUUUGGAAGAACAAGUGUUGGAUAAGUAGUAUGAUUUUGUAUAGGUUUUGAUUGAAUGUACAUUUUGUAUUAUUAUAACCUCACACCAUUACCAAUAGUGUAUAAUUUGACUUGGUCUA